ACUGUAAAAGGGACUCCAUCUUCUGAAGUAAAUUCUUGCAAAUUUCUGAUUUUUCUCUAGAUGUCCUCUCUGUCAUCUACGUGUCAAUUGAACUCUUCAUACUGUUCUAAUUCAAUCUAUUCUAAAUGUUCCCACUGUGAGCUUUUCUUGUGUUUCGAACACAUUAUUGAUCAUCAAAAUGAUUUUCAACCAGUUAGUGUUCACGUUAAACGAACGAUUAAUGCCAUUGAACAAUUGAACAUAGAACAGCUACAUUAUCGCAAACACCAGCAAGCACUAGACGAAUGGAAAAAGAAUAUGGAACGACAAAUACACGAUACUCACGAACAGAAGACCAAUGAAUUACGAUCUAUUUAUGACGAUAUUCUCAACGAAUAUGAACAAUUUCAAUUAACUCGCAUUACUUCAUUAAAGCGUCAGUCACGUCAAACAACAUGUGAAGAAUUAUUAGACAUUCACUUGCGCCUAGAAAAAUUCAAGAAAGAAACAUUGAUUGAUGUGCAAUUUGGUGGAGAUAUCUGUUUUGAUGUAAAAGUUAUUCGAAAAAAGAAGAAGUCAGCUUUAUUGAGAGAAUCAAGUCCAAAUAAGAAUGACAUAUUUCAUAGUAAAAUAAAAUUGAUCAAAUCAUAUCAGUUGGAAACGUCUCGAAUACCACUAUGCACGGCUGACACAUCUCGCUCUAUCUUGUGUUAUGAACAAUUGGAUAAAUUGUUAUUGUUUGAUGACAAGAAAAAGGUGAAUACUACCCUAUGGGAUUUUGUUAGUUUGGGACAGAUAAAUGAUAUCGCCUAUUCACACCAUCUUAACAAAUUUCUUGUACUAGGUGAGAAAGAUAAACAUAUUUUCUAUAUUUAA